UCUCGCUCCCUCUCUCCCCUUCGAGCUCCCGGCUGGCUGCGGCUACCUCGCGCUCUCCGUCUUCGGUAGACUCCACCGAGCGAUGCGAGCUCUGGGAGAUAGCGACACCGCCUCCCGCUAGAGACCUGCCCCCGGGGCCGGCCCCCUGCCCAGCCCUGCCCAGCGCGCGGGGGUCAGCGAAAGCGCCGCGAACGCACCGACGGCUGAGGAUCGGCGAUGCACAUGCACUAGCAGCAUCCCCCGACUCACUCCCUCCACUCCCCGCGCCGCGCCGCCUCCUCCUCCGGCAGUAGCGGCAGAAGGACCCACCCUGCCCCCCACCCCACCCUCCGCCGGCUCCGGCUGCAGUUCCUGCCUCGACUAUUAUUUUAUUUAUUUUGGGUCCUGCACAAGCCUCAGUGCCUGCAGCCGGCGCUUCCUCGGACCGCGGGCGCCACCUGCCUCGGUUCCAGAGCCCCAGACCCCGGCUACCCUCGCCUCGACACCCCCAGAGCCCCGCCAGCUGCCGCGAGUCUACGCUGCUAGAAUCUUGUUAGCGGCUGUCUUUUGGGGGGGCUCUGGUUUCCCGACAUUUUUGUUUUCAGCCAAAGGGAGAAUAGCGUGAUUUUUUUCCCCCUUUGAGCCCAGGCUCUGCUCUCUGGGGGGGUGGGGGGCGCGCCAAGCCGGGGAGCCGUGCCAGCCGAGUCGUGCGGGCUGUGGCAGGGAAGGGGCCACCAUGGGAUGUACUCUGAGCGCAGAGGAGAGAGCCGCCCUCGAGCGGAGCAAGGCGAUUGAGAAAAACCUCAAAGAGGAUGGCAUCAGCGCCGCCAAAGACGUGAAACUACUCCUGCUGGGGGCUGGAGAAUCAGGAAAAAGCACCAUUGUGAAGCAGAUGAAGAUCAUCCACGAAGAUGGCUUUUCUGGAGAAGACGUGAAGCAGUACAAGCCUGUGGUCUACAGCAACACCAUCCAGUCCCUGGCAGCCAUCGUCCGGGCUAUGGACACUUUGGGCAUCGAAUAUGGUGACAAGGAGAGAAAGGCCGAUGCCAAGAUGGUGUGUGACGUAGUGAGUCGGAUGGAAGACACUGAGCCCUUCUCCCCAGAACUGCUGUCUGCUAUGAUGCGACUCUGGGGCGACUCAGGGAUCCAGGAGUGCUUCAGCCGGUCCCGGGAAUAUCAGCUCAACGACUCUGCCAAAUACUACCUGGACAGCCUGGAUCGGAUCGGGGCCACCGACUACCAGCCCACUGAGCAGGACAUCCUCCGAACCAGGGUCAAAACUACCGGCAUCGUAGAAACCCACUUCACAUUCAAGAACCUUCACUUCAGGCUGUUUGACGUCGGGGGCCAACGGUCUGAACGCAAGAAGUGGAUCCACUGCUUCGAGGACGUCACGGCCAUCAUCUUCUGUGUCGCACUCAGCGGCUACGACCAGGUGCUCCAUGAAGACGAGACCACGAACCGCAUGCACGAGUCUCUCAUGCUCUUCGACUCCAUCUGUAACAACAAGUUCUUCAUCGAUACCUCCAUCAUUCUCUUCCUCAACAAGAAAGAUCUCUUUGGUGAGAAGAUCAAGAAGUCACCUUUGACCAUCUGCUUUCCUGAAUACACAGGCCCCAACACCUACGAAGACGCAGCCGCCUACAUCCAAGCACAAUUUGAAAGCAAAAACCGCUCACCCAACAAAGAAAUUUAUUGUCACAUGACUUGUGCCACAGACACGAAUAAUAUCCAGGUGGUAUUCGACGCCGUCACCGACAUCAUCAUUGCCAACAACCUCCGGGGCUGCGGCUUGUACUGACCUCUUGUCCUGUAUAGCAACCUAUUUGACUGCUUCACGGACUCUCUGCUGUUGACCUUGAUCUCCUGGUAGCAUGACCUUUUGGCCUUUGUAAGACACACAGCCUUUCUGUAUCAAGCCCCUGUCUAACCUCCGAUCCCAGAGUGACUGAUGGCUGUGUAUUUCUGUAGAAUGCUAUAGAAUUUGGUUUUAGUUGAGUCUUUAUAUUUAGAAUUUGAAAGGAAAAAAAAUUUUCUCAUGUGCUUUGUAGCUUAAAAGGAA